AUGGAAGGUAUAGAUUUAUCACUGAUAUCUGUAGAAUGGCUUGAUAAUCAUUAUAAAUGGAUAAUAUGGAAAUUAGCAGCAUAUGAAGUAGCGUUUCCUCAUGACUUUAUAAGAAGGUCUUUAACACCUAAUAAUGUGAUGUUACAAUUAAAGUAUAGAUAUGAUAGAGAAAUAGACCAGUGUUAUAGGUAA